GUAAAUUGGCCUCCCUUACUUGGGCGCAGACCGUACAUUUUGGAAUAGAGACUGCGCCCUCUCUUGUUGGAAUACUUUUUCAAGAUGUCUGCGCCCAUGGUAAAUUUUAGUCGCAAUUUCUAAAUGCAUCAACAGAAAGAGAAUGAAGAAAUCCUGAAUAAUCAUGCAUUUACUGUGGACUACAAUCGCCAUCGUAUUUUGUGUCUCUCUUCAAGUUCUGGGUGUGUCCAUAUUCAUCAGAGGAUUCCUACCAAUCAAGCAAGUAGUGGCAGGGCAUGCAUCGCAUCAUGACGCACCCCCAGAGCCUAGUAUUAGUGGCCCAGAUGCUGUUAGAGGCACAAACUCCACCAUUGAGCUAAGCAAGCCUGUGUUUGGACGACUUGUCCUAGUACUUAUUGAUGCAUUAAGAUGGGAUUUUGUACUCGGAGAGAAAAGGAGGAUGCCAUUUGUAAGAGGUUUAAUUGACAGAGGACAGUCUUUAAGUUUCAUUGCAAAAGCACAACCUCCAACAGUUACAAUGCCAAGAGUUAAAGCUCUAACUUCAGGAACUAUUCCAGGUUUUGUAGAUGUUAUCUUAAACGUAGACUCAAAAGCUAUGUUGGAAGACAACAUAAUAUAUCAACUCGAAGCUGCUGGAAAGAAAAUGCAUUUCUUUGGGGAUGACACUUGGCUCAGGUUAUUUCCAGACAGCUUUAAAGAGUCUGAUGGUACAACAUCAUUCUUUGUGUCCGACUACACAGAGGUAGACAAUAAUGUUACUCGGCAUCUGGAGCCCACACUUGCAAGAAGUGACUGGGAUGUGUUGAUUUUGCAUUACCUAGGCCUAGAUCACAUUGGACACAUAGGAGGCCCAUCAAGUCCUCUUGUGACGCCAAAACUUGAAGAAAUGGAUGCAGUACUGACCAAGAUAUACACCUCUAUAGAACAACAGGACGCUUAUAGUGAGCUUCCAUCUUUACUGGUGUUGUGUGGAGACCAUGGGAUGAGUGAAGCUGGUAGCCACGGUGGGGCGUCACCCAGUGAGACCCUUACUCCCCUCAUUCUGUUGAGUUCUAAGUUUAAGGACAUUAAAGGUUCUCUCUUUCCCUAUGAUGAGGUUCAGCAGAUUGACAUGGCGCCCUCACUGGCUGUCGUUCUCGGUCUUCCAAUUCCACAGAAUAGUUUGGGAAUCGUUAUUCCAGAAGUCUUGAAUCUGCUUCCAAUGAGACAGAGGUUGAGGGCGCUGCAGCUUAAUAGCAAUCAAUUGAUGAACCUGAUGAAACAGAAUUUUAAUCCAGCUGAGUUUGAGGAUGUUACCUACCAGUAUCAACAUGCAUUGCAGAUGCAUGCGGCCUGGCUCCAUGAAUACUCAACUACGCCCUCAUCAAUUGCUUCACAUGAAGUCGGUAACAAGGUUAUUGACAAGUAUCUCAGUAUUUUGAAGUUGAUGCAAUUGAAAGUCUCUGCAAAUAUUACCAGAUACGACAUCCAUGCAAUGAUUUGUGGGAUUGUUCUCUGCUUUGAAGUUAUAUUUAUUAUUAUGGUUGCGCUUUUCUACACCUCUGGUGGCCAAAUACCCAUAGAUACCCAAAUCUCAAAGAUGUUCUACUUUGGUUGCUGUUGCUUAGCUACCCUGACUGUCCAUGUGACUGUUUGUACCUCCAGUGGAUCUGAUACAAGUCCCCUGAUGUGUGGAAGAUCACUGACAGCCAUUUUUAAUUCGGCUGUUUUUGUUAUAUCUGUAGCAGUCGCAGUAUUUUUUCAAAUAUCUGUAUUUAUUUCUCGAAAUAUCGUCAAAAAUCACAUUUUAUCUUUUAUGAGAUCCCUAUCUACUCUGGAAAUAUUUCUCUUACUAGGUAGUGAUGCCCAUACCAUUAGUCUCAUGUCCAGCAGUUUUGUAGAGGAGGAGCACCAAACUUGGUACCUCUUGACUAUGACACUGCUGGUUGGAAUCUGUGCUAAACUGAUGGCUCAGAGCAUUGUGGAUCGGAAAUCAGAAGACUACAAAUCGAUUGUCUUGAUCCUAAUGAUAUGUCGUCUGCUAAGGUCUUGGAACCAGACAGGAAUAAAAUGGGCUGAUUUACCUGACAUUGGUGACUGGCUUGUAAGACCUGAGAAUGUCACCACACUGUCUUCAGCGCACUUGAUGUCUCUGGUGGCAAUUUAUAUCAUGCUGUCAUCCCUUCAGUUUUCUCCCAUGAACCUUUUAACUGUAGUCUUUAUAUACCUUUAUCGACAUGCAGUGGGGAAUGUACUUUUGCCAGUCUCAGUACCAUCUUCGUAUAAGGGAAUUGUAGAAGCAAGAAUUGUUUUUGGACUUUUGGUGCUCAAGUUAUCAUGUGCAAUAAUACAGUUUUUUAUACCAAAUAUUUUUACUACUUUUCAAAAACUUAAAACUAAUAAAAAAUCUGUUGAAAUUAGAUUAAUUAAUGUUUUCUAUGAAAGCUUCAUUUUAUUGGCUGCGCUGUUGCUACGGCCACAUAAUACACCUGUUGUUGCCAUGACAGUGUUUAUACAACAAAAAUUAAUAAUCACUUUAACAAAACACCCACUGAAAGCCUGGAGUUUGAGUCUAGUUUGUUUCUGGAUGGGCCAAGCUGCAUUUUACAAUCAAGGAAAUUCAAAUAGUAUUGCAUCAAUUGAUUUGUCGUCUGGAUAUGUUGGGCUAGACUCGCAUGAUCCAGCCUUUGUUGGGGUGCUUUUGCUGGUGUCAACCAACUUUGGUCCUGUGUCGUGGAUGAUCAUUCUUAUUGGCAGCAUCAUGAAGAGUUCUCUCAACAAGCAUCAGGUGGCAGUACCUCAAGCCUUCCUGUCUCUUAUGCUGUUCCGGGCAUUUCCACUGGCUGUAUACACAAUUGUAGUUGCAUCACAACGUUACCAUCUGUUUAUAUGGAGUGUCUUCUCCCCCAAGCUCCUCUACGAAGCAAUGCAUAGUUGUGUUUUAGCCGUCUUUAUAAUGUUGGGCAUAGCCUUUUAUGUAAUAGGUCAUUACACAAGACCAAUUAAUAUUAGAAUUUCUAAAAGAGAUUAGGUAUGUUUUCAGCUUGAAACAAGACUUGAUAUGACAUUAAUUAAAAGUUAGUCUUUAAAUUAUUUUAUCAAUUUUCCAUGGUAACUCUGACUUUAACCCCUCCCCCCCCCUGAAGUAUUGGAAAAGAAAGAAAAUUGCGUAAAAGGUCAAGAGACUGUCACUUCUGGCUAUAAACUUUUGUAUCCUCAGCCCUAACCAUGGUAUGUUUGAGGUGAUCUUAAUCCAUGAAAGUCCCUACUUGUGCCCACUCCUAUUUAGAAAUUCUUAAUCCAUCACCAAAGAAACUGUUUCGCAACACCUCGUGCUAAGGUCCCACAAAACGACAGUGUGAAAGCAUACGUACGCACCACAGAGCUAUGCUAUAAUAGCUGGAUUGCUCGUCGGCCAAUCCUGGUACAGAAAAACGUGAGGCCUCCGACGCCAUGUUGGAGGGCCUAAGUGACGUACCAGUUUAGAAAAGUUGUAGUUGUUAAAAAUAACGAUUCCUGCAAUACUUUUCAAUAACAAAUAUAAAUUUAACAUAGGAAUUUUUUUCAAACCAUCUAACUAGACACAACAGUUUAUGCGGUUUUCAAAAGUCACAUCAAGUAGAUAGAUGAUAAUAACAAUAAUUUAAACAAAUGCCAAAAGAAACUUGUCUAAAAUGAUGCGUCAGUGGCCUCACUAUGAGCAAUCCAGCUAUUAUAGUAUUAGUAGAGAUCAGUGGUACGCACAUGCUUUUGUGGGACACGUCAGUAUUCUUGACAUUCUGGAAAGGUCGAUGACCUUUAAUGGUAACAGUGUCAUUGACGAUGGCAAUUUCAUAUAAAGCUAAAGAAGUAAUUUAUGUCCAAAUAUAGACUUUUUGACUUAGGGAUGCAUAGCGCUAAAUGUUACUCUAAUGUACGUUGCGUUAACUUUUUCUUAAUAUUGCAAAAAUAAAAAUACCAAACGUAGAUUUGUUGUUAAUCUUGAAAUUAUUUCUUUAUUAUGUUCAUAAUGUACAAAGAUUAAAAUAAACAUAUUUUUACAUUUUGUAAUGUAAACAACAGAAUGUAUCUUAACUAUAUAAUUUUGGAAAUAUGAACAAAACUAUGGAAUACAAUUAUAAAACCAAAUUCUACUAGCGGAUAAUAUAUGAUGAUGGUGUAAAUAAUCAUAGCCGUACAAAAUGAUUAAGAAUUCAAUUAACCAUAUAUGGUAAUGGAAUUGUCUACGCAAAACAGAACAGAAAUUUUACUACAUUUUAUGUGACAAAUAAAUGUACCAUAAUUGGCACCUUAAGAAUGGUGA